CGCAGACUUAACGGAGGCGCACGGGCGGGGCGGGGCGGGGCGGAGCGGGACUUCCGGCGUUGCCCUAUGGUUCGCGUUUUGCCGCUACUGGUGGUAGGUGCGAGCACUUUAGAGGGUAGCGCUCUCACCGCAGAGACCACCCCGGCCGAGAGAAGCGUAGGUACCCUCGCCGGGCCUUUGCUUGUGCCGUGACCCCCGGGCAUGACUCCCUUUUCCUGAGACUCGCUGUCGUACCCUGAGAACGUCCUGAGGCUUUUCCCAGUCCUCGGGCACAUUUUCCUCGGUCGGCCGGAGGCUCCAGCGCGCUGGGCGGGGUGGCAGGUGCGGAUCUCAGCUGCGUCCGCUGAAACUCUCCGCCCACAGGUUCCAAUGGCAGAGGAGGCGCAGGCCCUGGUGACCUUUGAGGAUGUGGCUGUGUAUUUCUCCCGAGAGGAGUGGGGGCUCCUUAAUUUGACCCAGAGGAGCCUGUACCGUGAUGUUAUGCUGGAGAACUUUGCGCUCAUUGGCUCACUGGGUUUUCUGUGUAGACUGCGGGAUGAGGAAGCCCCUCCCGAGCAGGUGAAGAGCUGCAGAGUCCACCUGUCAGAGAACCCCUUUUUGUGCGGGGUGUCUGGGAAGGACAUCCCUGCUGCCUUAGGCUUCCUCCAGUCCCAGGCCACCCACAGAGAGGGGACACCACGCAGAAGCACCAAGCGCAAGGCCUUCCCACCCAGCUCCACUUGCCAGCAACAGCAGGGAGCCCACGCCACACAGAAGCCCUUCAAGUGCAGUGACUGCGGGCAAGCCUUCCUGAAGGCCUUCGCGCUCCUCGACCACCUGAUCACUCACGCCAAAGAGAGACCCUUCAGGUGCCUAGCAGGUGGAAAUGCCCCCAAGGAGAGCUCAACCCUGGUUCAUCACCGAAAAACUCACACUGGAGAAACAUCCCAUGUGUGUAGUGAGUGUGGGAAGGCCUUCAGUUACCCAUCUAAACUGAGGAAGCACCAGAAAGUUCAUACUGGCAUAAAACCUUUCAGGUGUGGUGAGUGCGGGAAAACCUUCAACCGCAAAGAUGCACUUGUUCUGCACCAGAGAAUUCACACUGGAGAGAGGCCUUACCAGUGCAGCGAGUGUGGGAAGUCCUUCAGCGUUCUGUCUACCCUCAUUCGGCACCGGAAAGUUCACAUUGGAGAAAGGCCCUAUGAGUGCAGGGAAUGUGGGAAAUUCUUCAAAUACAACCAUAGCUUCAUUCUUCACCAGAGAGUUCACACUGGAGAGAGGCCCUAUGAGUGCAGUGAAUGUGGGAAAACUUAUGUGACCCGCUCUGGGCUGUAUCAGCACUGGAAAGUCCACACUGGAGAACGUCCUUAUGAGUGCAGCCUGUGUGGGAAAACCUUCACUACCAGGUCCUACCGGAAUCGGCACCAGCAGUUCCACACUGAAGAGAGGGCUUAUGAAUGUACAGAAUGUGGGAAAGCCUUUAAACAUAGUUCUACCCUCCUUCAGCACAAGAAAGUCCACACUGGAGAAAGGCCAUAGGAGGACGGGGAUGUGGGAAAACCUUUAGCCAUGGCUGGCACCUUGUUCAACAUAAAAGGUCUCACACCAGAAAGGAGAUUGAGGAAAGUAGCCAUUUGAAAGCUAAACAUGUCACACCCCAGCACCCACACUGGGCUGGUGCCAGGUACGUGGGAAGCGUUUAGGAGCUGUGUUGCACUCUCACCUGCCGAGGCUGUUGGCAGUGUUGAGUCACUGCCAGUUUCUGUGACAGAAGCCAUCCCACUUCUCCCAACUGGCAGGUCCCUGUGGUGUGCAUCAGUCACUGUGUGUGCUCAGGGAAGCUGACCUCUGUGUUCCCCACUUGAUAAAGGAGAGAAUCAUGAGUGGUGGAGCCCAUAAUGGGUCUUAUUCCCUCCCCCUCCAACUGGUUUAGGUGUGGAUAUGACCUAGUUCUGGCCAAGAGUAGCUGAGCAGUGUCUGCUGGGGGCUUCCAGAGAAGGUUAACCAUUUUCAUGGACACUGUUGACACUACAUUUGGUCCCUGUCAUGCACUUAUCCAACCCUGGAACUGGCUCACACUGCUUUGGAAUGUCUGAUAAUAAAGGUCUUUUGGUUUAAACCACCCUUAAUCUUUGGGAUCUCUGUGUG